AUGGUACGACUAACACAGCUAACACAGGUUGCCCUGUCCAGGCCCUCAUUUUCUGUAUCUCCAUGGGAUGUAGUCUCUCCAGCUGCUAAAAAUAUCAAAUUUACCUAUAGUGGAAAAUGGGCCAAAAUUCUGCGGUAUUAUAUGUGGACAUAUGGAUGGAGCGGGAGGCGUUAUGGAUUACUUUUUCAUGAUCAGGUUUUUGAACCUGCUCCUGAAGUAAAAGAAGCUCUACGACGUUUGAACUUGAAAGAGCCUUGGCUCUUUGAUGAACGCAAAAUACGACUUUAUCAUGCGCAUACAUUAAAAGCUCAUGGUGAACAAUUACCAAAAGAGAAAUGGACCAAAUGGGAAGACGAAACUUGGUAUCUCAAACCGUAUCUAGAUGAAAUUGAGGAAGAAAAGCAAACACGUGCUAAUACAUCUGGGUUGCUUCCUGGUUAUCAGUUAAAGCAGCAUCAUUAG